CGCCAUUUUUAGGGUUUCAGAUUCUCAAUUUCACUUCCAAUUUUUUUUUUAUUAAUUUUGGAAGAAAAAUAUAAUCUUGAUGGGCAACAAGGUUACCGAUGAGCUCGUAUCCACCGUCCGAUCAAUCGUGGGCUCCGAUUACUCCGACAUGGACGUAAUCAGAGCCCUCCACAUGGGCAACAACGACCUCACGGCGGCCAUCAACAUUAUCUUCGACACCCCAAAUUUUAAAUCCAAAGGAAAUUUAGGGCUUCAGAGGAUCCCUGAAGUUUCCAAUCAAAAUUCGAGAUCAGAAAUUCCACCUGUUGCUGUUAGUAGUGUGAAUUCGAAGGAAAAUGGUGGCGGGAACGAGAAUUGCUCUUUGAGGACUGACGGCAAUGGUGCGGACUGUCCGACUGAGUCCGACGUGGAGGAACCAGCCCAAGGUGUAUGCCCGCCUGAGAGUUCGGUUGAUGACAAAUGGUGGCUCGUGGGUUGUGGCGAAGUGGCGGGGUUGUCUACCUGCAAAGGAAGGAGAAUAAAGCCUGGUGAUGAAGUGGAUUUCACAUUUCCGUUGAAGGGCUUCUCUAGUACGCCGUCGCCGGGCAAGGCUUUUGGUAGGGGUCGGAAUGCAGCCGGGGCUUGUUCAGAGAUUGUGAGGUUUUCAACUAAGGAUUCAGGAGAGAUUGGUAGAAUACCUAAUGAAUGGGCUCGGUGUCUUUUCCCACUUGUGAGGGAUAAGAAGGUUAGAGUUCAGGGUUCUUGUAAAUACACACCUGAAGUGUUAAGUAUUAUGGACACCAUAAAUUUGUCAAUAAGCGUGUACAUCAAUAGUUCCAUGUUCCAUAAGCAACACGAUACUUCACUUAAGGCAGUCAGCAGUUCCACUGAGGAAUCAGUGGUUCAUCCUCUUCCUACAUUAUUUCAUUUGCUAGGUCUAGCUCCAUUUAAGAAGGCAAAAUUCACCCCUGAUGACUUAUACUCAAGGAAGCGCCCAUUAGAUUUGAAGGCCUCAACUUUACUUACACGCAAGUUAAGGAAUCCUUCUGCAAAUGAAAAUGAAGGCGAAGAUGAGGAACCUAUUUCAGAUGCUGAUCUGGAGAAUAUUGUUGGUGUUGGAAACAGUUCGGAGUUAGAGGAAAUGGAUCCCCCUGGUACACUUCAGUGUGAGCUUCGGCCUUACCAAAAACAGGCUCUUUAUUGGAUGACCCAAUUAGAAAGGUUAGAAAAGGGACGAUGUACGGAUGGAGCAGGAACAACUCUUCAUCCUUGUUGGGAAGCAUAUCAUCUUGCAGACAAGAGAGGACAUGUUCUUUAUUUGAAUGCAUUUUCUGGUGAUGCUACUACACAAUUUCCAAGCACUCUACAAAUGGCUAGAGGAGGAAUUUUGGCAGAUGCUAUGGGCUUGGGAAAGACUAUUAUGACCAUAAGUCUCCUCCUUUCUCACUCAGAAAGAAACAGACCAUUUGUUAGCCAACCUUCUGGUGAAGGUAGUGAGGCGUGCAAUAUUUCGAACUCACCAAACCUCCCGAAGAGGGCAGCAAAAUUUCCAGGUUUUGAUAAGUUGAUGAAGCAAAAGGGCACACUUAUGGAUGGUGGGAGUUUGAUUGUAUGUCCUAUGACUCUGUUAGGGCAGUGGAAGGCAGAGAUAGAAAGUCACGUAAAACCUGGAUCUUUAACCGUUUAUGUUCAUUAUGGACAAAGUAGACCAAAGGAUGCAACAUUCUUAACUCAAAGUGAUGUCGUGAUCACAACAUAUGGAGUUUUAGCAUCAGAAUUUUCCACAGAGAAUACUGAGGAAAGUGGGGGGCUUUAUUCAAUUCGGUGGUUUAGAGUGGUUCUUGAUGAGGCGCAUACAAUAAAAUCCUCCAAGAGUCAAAUUUCUAUCGCUACUGCUGCUUUAGUUGCUGAUUGUCGCUGGUGUCUUACUGGCACCCCUAUCCAGAACAAACUAGAGGAUCUGUACAGUCUUCUUCGGUUCUUGAGGGUGGAACCAUGGGGUAACUGGGCAUGGUGGAAUAAACUCAUUCAAAAACCUUUUGAAGAAGGGGAUGAAAGAGGGUUGAAAUUGGUUCAAUCAAUUUUAAAGCGAAUCAUGUUACGGAGAACAAAGUUUAGCACAGAUCGCAAUGGCAGACUGAUUUUAGUCCUACCUCCAGCUGAUAUUCAGGUGAUUUACUGUGAACUCACAGAAGCUGAAAAAGAUUUCUACGAGGCCCUUUUUAAAAGAUCCAAGGUGAAGUUUGAUCAGUUUGUUGAGCAAGGACGUGUACUUCAUAACUAUGCUUCCAUAUUGGAGUUACUUUUACGUCUUCGCCAAUGUUGUGAUCAUCCCUUUCUUGUGAUGAGUCGAGGUGAUACACAAGAAUUUUCUGAUUUGAGCAAGCUGGCCAAACGGUUUCUUAAAGGAAGUAAGAAUUCUGUGGAAGGAGAAGACAAAGAUGUGCCUUCCAAGGCUUAUGUACAAGAGGUUUUGGAAGAGUUGCGUAACGGGGAACAGGGAGAGUGUCCAAUUUGUCUUGAAGCAUUUGAAGAUGCAGUUUUGACACCUUGUGCUCAUCGCCUAUGUCGUGAAUGUUUGUUGGCAAGUUGGCGAAAUGCUGCUUCUGGGUUAUGUCCUGUUUGUAGGAAGACUGUUAGUAGACAAGAUCUUAUUACCGCCCCAACUGAAAAUCGGUUCAAGGUUGAUAUUGAUAAAAACUGGGUGGAAUCAACAAAAGUUGCUGUUCUGUUGCGUGAGCUUGAGGCUCUUCGUUUGUCAGGCUCCAAGAGCAUUGUUUUUAGCCAAUGGACUGCUUUUCUGGAUUUGUUACAGAUUCCUCUAUCUCGGAGUAACAUUCCAUUUCUUCGACUGGAUGGGACUCUGAAUCAACAGCAACGUGAAAAAGUUCUAAAGCAGUUUUCGGAAGAUAGCAACAUCGUGGUGUUGCUGAUGUCGCUUAAGGCUGGGGGAGUUGGAAUAAAUCUAACAGCAGCUUCUAGUGCAUUUGUCUUGGAUCCAUGGUGGAAUCCAGCCGUGGAGGAGCAAGCAGUCAUGCGUAUUCAUCGAAUCGGCCAAACAAAAAAGGUGACGAUCAAAAGGUUCAUUGUGAAGGGUACGGUAGAGGAAAGAAUGGAAGCAGUUCAAGCACGUAAACAGAGAAUGAUUUCUGGUGCGUUGACCGAUCAAGAAGUUCGUAGUGCUCGACUAGAGGAACUAAAGAUGCUUUUUUCUUAGCCUUUUGGAAUCAGCUGUGCUUUUUUUCUCCGAGAGCUCUUGCUUUUUGAAGUGUCUAGCCCAGAAAAAUUUGGACAAGAUCCUUCGCUUGAGCUACCAGGUACAAAGUAGUUGCCUCGAGGUUAUUUAUAAAUUCAGUGAAGACACUUGAAUUUUUUGGUGGAGUUGAGUAGCUGAUCAUAGGAUCAUUGGCUUUGAAUGCAUACACACACCUUUAGUGAAAUUCUGCUCAGUAUGCAAAUAUCAGAUCUAGUGAUUUUGCAUAAGAUUCUGAUGUACAUAUUAGAGGACUUUAUUAUAUGGUUGGGCUGGGAUAUAGCAAUUAUAGCACAUUUCUUUCUUAUUGGUUGUCCAGCUAGAAACUCAAGAUUCUUAUACUGCUCUGUACUAAUAUGUAGCUGUAUGUAUUUUUUCUGAGUCGUAUAAAUGAAUGAACAUUUGAUUGUUAUUAAUGUUUCAUAUGGCCCUUCAUUUCA